UGCACUCAUUAUUUCACUCACGCUCCUCAACGACUCAAGAGUAGGGGUAUUGUUUGUAUUUCUCAGGAGAGGGGACUGCACCCGAGCUACAGAUCCCAGGAGCUCCAGGGCCGAUACGCAAAUCCCAAACUGUAACCACGCCUUCGAGAAGAACUGCGAUCUGGCGGCUCAGGACCACUGCCGACACUUCCUCAGCCUGAAGCUUUCCGGGAUAACCCACUUGCCUUGGAUUCUCAGGCAGUAGUUACCCUCCCUCGCGGCCCACAGAGCCGAUAACCUGACGCAUUCACCCAUCCUCCCCAAACCUGGAAAACCACUGUCAAGUGUGCGUCCUUGCCAGCAACCCGCAGCGCUUACAAGACGAGGCCUCGAAUCUGCCGUCACUCUAAGGGUCACCCACGAACCCGGAUCAAGCACUGAGUGGCCGACUCAGGUUUCCCACGCCCGCCCGACCGCGGUCACCACAAUUGUUCCCAUUAACAAAUGGGCCCAGCCCUGAACGUAGAGGCCGCUCUAGCCUCUCGCGGAGCCAGCCCUCUCGUUGCUCCUUACCUGACGUCAUCGUCAGGCGCCGCGGCGCGGUGGCGGGCACGCGCAGCCGAGAAGAUGUCGCCGACGCCGCCGCUUUUCAGUUUGCCCGAAGCGCGGACGCGGUUUACGAAAUCUACCAGAGACGCCCUAAACAACAAAAAUAUCAAGCCAUUGCUGAAUACCUUCAGCCAGUUACCUGGCAGUGAAAAUGAAAAAAAAUGUACCCUUGACCAAGCUUUUAGAGGUGUUCUAGAAGAAGAAAUUAUAAAUCAUUCAUCAUGUGAAAAUGUUUUAGCUAUUAUUUCUCUUGCUAUUGGGGGAGUAACUGAAGGUAUUUGUACCGCAUCUACACCUUUUGUAUUGUUGGGAGAUGUUUUGGAUUGUCUUCCUUUGGAUCAGUGUGACACAAUAUUCACUUUUGUGGAAAAAAAUGUUGCUACUUGGAAAUCAAAUACAUUCUAUUCUGCUGGGAAAAAUUAUUUACUACGUAUGUGUAAUGAUCUCCUACGAAGAUUAUCAAAAUCCCAGAAUACAGUUUUCUGUGGACGAAUUCAACUGUUGGCCAGGCUUUUCCCUUUAUCUGAGAAGUCAGGUCUUAACUUGCAGAGUCAGUUUAAUCUGGAAAAUGUCACUGUUUUCAAUACCAACGAGCAGGAGAGCACAUUGGGUCAGAAGCACACUGAGGAUAGAGAAGAAGGAAUGGAUGUAGAAGAAGGUGAAAUGGGAGAUGAUGAAGCUCCAACAACUUGCUCCAUUCCAAUUGAUUACAACCUGUACCGAAAAUUUUGGUCACUUCAGGACUACUUUAGGAACCCUGUGCAAUGCUAUGAGAAAAUUUCAUGGAAAACCUUUCUCAAGUAUUCUGAAGAAGUUCUAGCUGUUUUUAAGAGUUACAAAUUAGAUGAUACUCAGGCCUCAAGGAAAAAGAUGGAAGAAUUAAAAACAGGAGGAGAGCAUGUGUAUUUUGCAAAAUUUUUAACAAGUGAAAAGUUGAUGGACUUACAACUGAGCGACAGUAACUUUCGUCGACACAUCCUGUUGCAGUAUCUCAUUUUAUUCCAAUAUCUCAAGGGGCAGGUCAAAUUCAAAAGUUCAAACUAUGUUUUAACUGAUGAGCAAUCACUCUGGAUUGAAGAUACUACAAAAUCAGUUUAUCAACUACUAUCUGAAAACCCCCCUGAUGGAGAAAGAUUUUCAAAGAUGGUAGAGCAUAUAUUAAACACUGAAGAAAACUGGAACUCAUGGAAAAAUGAAGGCUGCCCAAGUUUUGUGAAAGAAAGAACAUCAGAUACCAAGCCAACAAGAGUAGUAAGGAAGAGAACGGCACCAGAGGACUUCCUAGGGAAAGGACAACAAAAAAUUCUGAUGGGAAAUGAAGAGUUAACAAGGCUUUGGAAUCUCUGUCCUGAUAACAUGGAAGCCUGUAAAUCAGAGACAAGGGAAUACAUGCCAACUUUGGAGGAAUUCUUUGAAGAAGCCAUUGAACAGGCAGACCCUGAAAACAUGGUUGAAAAUGAAUACAAGGCUGUGAACAAUUCAAAUUACGGUUGGAGAGCCCUGAGACUGUUAGCUCGGAGAAGCCCUCACUUCUUCCAGCCAACCAACCAGCAGUUCAAAAGUUUGCCAGAAUAUCUUGAAAACAUGGUAAUAAAGCUAGCCAAGGAAUUACCACCUCCUUCUGAAGAAAUAAAAACAGGUGAGGAUGAAGAUGAGGAAGAUAAUGAUGCUUUACUGAAGGAAAAUGAAAGUCCUGAUGUUCGACGAGACAAACCUGUAACAGGGGACCAAAUAGAAGUAUUUGCUAACAAACUGGGUGAACAAUGGAAGAUUCUGGCUCCCUACCUGGAAAUGAAAGACUCAGAAAUUAGACAGAUUGAGUGUGACAGCGAAGACAUGAAGAUGCGAGCUAAGCAGCUCCUAGUGGCCUGGCAGGAUCAGGAGGGCGUGCAUGCAACACCUGAGAACCUCAUCAGUGCACUCAACAAGUCCGGAUUAAGUGACCUUGCAGAAAGUCUAACUAAUGACAAUGAGACAAAUAGUUAGCUUCUUUUUUUUUAUUAUUAAAACUGUGAUAAGAUUUUGUUACCAAGCAGCAUUUGAUAAGAGGUCCACUGGUUUUGGUAAACAAUAAACAUUUUUAUAACA